UGGUCAGGAUUGGAAUGAGUACCCCCUGGCCCCUAUGCAAACUUCUGGACCAUGAACAACAGUUCCUGUAGAGGGACCAAGAGAGAGGCACCCCCACUGAGGUGCCCGGAUAGACCUUUAGAGGGGCUGCCUGAAGCAGGACUUGCGCCCAUAUUGAAGUCACCAGCUGAGGGCAAGAACAGGUUUCUCACCCUCGGGACCUCUCCCAGCUCUGAGCUGUCUCCGUGGACUUUCCAUGAACAGAUCGGUCCCAGGGGAGUCCUUCAUAGGUGAAGACCCCGUGCCCCAUGGCCUCCCUCAGUGCUGCCCAGCUGCUGUUGACUCCAGAGAACAGCUGGAGGAAGUGGAGGGGAGAGAGGAAAACCAGGAGGACAACAGCAAUGGCUUCCACACUUCAGUCCUUAGACGGUCCGGGGCUUUCCGUGCCCGUAGCCACACUAGUGACUCCCUCAAAAGACACAGUUGGGGGCCUGGCAAGGAAUUCCAGGACCCAAUAAGCAGGAGGAGACUGCAGUCAUCGGAAUGCCCAGGCUCCCAGGAAGCCCCCUUUCUACAGAGCCUCGAGGAAUUGGGCACCCCUCUCGGAGCUCAGCAGCAGAAGCAGCAGCAGGGGCAGGAGCAGCGGAGUGGCCAACCCUUCCACCGGGGUCAGAGUUUCUACCAUCCAUCUACUGCCUCUUCCGAUCACUCGGCCACUGGCAUGCUGUCCAAGGCUGUGUCCAUGAGUGGUAUCAAUUUCCUCUUGGACUGCUCAGAUCCAAAUGGUAACUCAUCCCAGUCCCAUGCCACAGACCUCAGCAAAUGUGGUAAACAGCUGGAAGAGGACUCGGGGACCUGGGCAGGCUCCUCUCUGCGACGGACUUUCAGCUUCCUCCUGGGCAUGACCGGCAGGGACAAGACCCGGGAAAAGGAGAAGAUGAAGGAAGCUAAAGAUGCCCGCUAUACCAACGGCCACCUCUUCACCACCAUCUCGGUCUCCGGCAUGACUAUGUGCUAUGCCUGUAACAAGAGCAUCACAGCCAAGGAAGCCCUCAUUUGUCCCACAUGCAACGUGACCAUCCACAACCGCUGUAAAGACACCCUGGCCAACUGUACCAAGGUCAAGCAGAAGCAACAGAAAGCUGCAUUGCUGAGGAACAACACUGCCUUGCAGUCCGUUUCUCUCCGAACAACCACCAGAGAGCGGCCAACGUCUGCCAUCUACCCUUCUGAUAGCUUCCGGCAGUCCCUCCUGGGUUCUCGUCGUGGCCUCUCCUCCUUGUCUUUGGCCAAAAGUGUUUCCACUACCAACAUUGCUGGACAUUUCAAUGAUGAGUCUCCUCUGGGGCUGCGUCAGAUCCUCUCCCAGUCCACAGACUCCCUCAACAUGCGGAACCGAACGCUGUCCGUGGAAUCCCUUAUUGAUGAAGGCGUAGAAGUCUUCUACAAUGAGCUGAUGAGCGACUUUGAGAUGGACGAGAAGGACUUUGAGGCAGAUUCGUGGAGCCUUGCCGUGGACAGCAGCUUCCUGCAGCAACAUAAGAAGGAGGUCAUGAAGAAGCAAGAUGUCAUCUAUGAGCUGAUUCAGACAGAGCUGCACCAUGUGAGAACCUUGAAGAUUAUGACCCGCCUCUUUCGCACUGGGAUGCUGGAAGAGUUGCAGCUGGAGCCAGAAGUGGUCCAGGGCCUAUUCCCCUGCGUGGAUGAGCUUAGUGACAUUCACACACGUUUCCUUAGUCAGCUUUUGGAACGGCGGCGCCAGGCCCUAUGUCCAGGAAGCACCCGGAACUUUGUCAUCCAUCGUUUGGGUGACCUGCUCAUCAGUCAGUUCUCAGGUUCCAAUGCUGAGCAGAUGCGCAAGACCUACUCAGAGUUCUGCAGCCGCCACACCAAGGCCUUAAAGCUCUAUAAGGAGCUGUAUGCUCGAGACAAACGCUUCCAACAGUUCAUCCGGAAAAUGACCCGCUCAGCUGUGUUGAAGCGGCAUGGAGUCCAGGAAUGCAUUCUCCUGGUGACUCAGCGGAUCACCAAAUACCCAGUGCUCAUCAACCGGAUCCUGCAGAAUUCCCAUGGGAUUGAAGAAGAGUACCAAGACUUGGCGGCAGCCCUAGGGCUAGUGAAGGAGUUGUUGUCCAAUGUGGACCAAGAUGUGCACGAGCUGGAGAAAGAGGCCCGCCUACAGGAGAUUUACAACCGAAUGGAUCCUCGGGCUCAGACCCCUGUGCCUGGCAAGGGCCCCUUCGGCCGAGAUGAACUUUUGCGGAGAAAACUUAUCCACGAUGGCUGCCUGCUCUGGAAGACAGCCACAGGCCGCUUUAAAGAUGUCCUGUUACUGCUAAUGACAGAUGUGCUGGUGUUUCUCCAGGAAAAGGACCAGAAAUACAUCUUCACAUCCCUGGACAAGCCCUCAGUGGUAUCCUUGCAGAAUCUCAUCGUAAGAGACAUUGCCAACCAGGCGAAAGGGAUGUUUCUGAUUAGUUCUGGUCCACCUGAAAUGUAUGAGGUGCACGCAGCAUCCCGAGAUGACCGCACUACCUGGAUCCGCGUCAUCCAGCAGAGUGUGCGCCUAUGCCCGUCUAGGGAGGACUUCCCUCUGAUCGAGACAGAGGAUAAGGCGUACCUCCGGAGGAUCAAGACGAAAUUGCAGCAGAAAAACCAGGCACUGGUGGAGCUACUACAGAAGAAUGUUGAGCUGUUUGCUGAGAUGGUCCACUUCCAGGCGUUAAAAGCUGGUUUCGUUGGAAUGCCCCCACCUGCCCUGCCCAGGGGCCUUUUCCGUCUUGAGUCCUUUGAGUCCCUUCGAGGCGAGCGUCUGCUGAAAGAUGCCCUCCGUGAAGUGGAAGGCCUGAAAGACCUACUGUUGGGCCCUUGUGUGGACCUGCCUUUGACAUCCCGAGAACCAGCCUUACCCUUAGAAUCUGACAGUGGUAGCUGUCCUGGGGUCACUGCCAAUGGAGAGGCCAGAACCUUCAAUGGCUCCAUUGAGCUCUGUAGAGCAGACUCAGAUUCCAGCCAGAAGGAUCGGAAUGGAAAUCAGUUGAGGUCACCACAGGAGGAGGUGUUACAGCCAUUGGUCAAUCUUUAUGGACUUCUACAUGGCCUGCAGGCUGUUGUGGUCCAGCAGGAAAGAUUGAUGGAAGCCCUGUUCCCUGAGGGCCCUGAACGGUGGGAAAAGCUAUCCCGAGCCAACUCUCGGGAUGGUGAAGCUGGUCGGGCUGCCGUUGCUUCUGUAGCUCCCGAGAAGCAGGCCACGGAGCUGGCGUUACUGCAGAGGCAACACACCCUGUUGCAGGAAGAGCUGCGGCGCUGCCAGCGGCUUGGGGAAGAGCGGGCAACUGAAGCUGGCAGCCUGGAGGCCAGGCUCAGAGAGAGCGAGCAAGCCCGGGCCCUGCUGGAGCGAGAGGCUGAAGAAAUCCGCAGACAGCUAGCAGCCUUGGGCCAAAACGAGCCACUCCCAGCAGAAGCACCCUGGGCUCGCAGGCCUGUGGACCCCCGGCGCCGCAGCCUUCCAGCGGGCGACGCUCUAUACUUGAGCUUCAAUCCCCCCCAGCCCAGUCGAGGCCACGAUCGCCUGGAUUUGCCUGUGACUGUUCGUUCCCUCCACCGACCCUUUGAUGACCGAGAGGCACAAGAACUUGGUAGCCCAGAGGAUCGACUGCAGGACAGCAGUGACCCUGAUACUGGUAGUGAGGAGGAAGUCAGUAGCCGCCUGUCUCCACCCCACAGUCCACGAGACUUCACUCGAAUGCAGGACAUUCCUGAAGAGACGGAAAGCCGAGAUGGGGAGCCUACGGCUUCAGAGAGCUAAGGGGACACUUUCCCCCUGCCUGGUGCCCCACUGAAGAACAUUAGUAAAGGGGGCAAACCUUGAAAGAACUGCUGAUUGUCCUUGCCAGUUCCUGAGAUCCCUGGAUACCUAGGGGCCUUGGGGACUUGGGGACUUAGAGGCCACCGCACUCCUGGUGUCUGCCAGCAGCCACACCACAGAUGCCGAUUUUCAUGCCUUCUCCCCCCACUUAGGAAAAAUUAUUUAUUUAUUGUUUAUUGGUUAUGGGGGGGAGAGUGAUUUAAAGGGCCAGGGACAUGGGAACCAAGCCAUACGAAUCGGAGGGCCUCUCCUGUAAUACUGAUGGGAUACGUUUGGCCUUAGCCAUACAGCCUAACAUUCACCCCAGUGACACCCUUCUGUGGCCACAGAACCUACUGCCCCUUUAAGGAGGGCUGUGAGUAGGACCAUGUCCCUUUUUCCACCCCCUUAGCCUCUUUCUGCUGUUUUUUCUCUUCAUCCUCCAUGGAAAUCUGGCUCCUUGGAGUUGAUGGAACAGAGGCUAGGGUGGCCAUAAUAUAUUGGGGUGGGGAAGGAAGAAUCUACAGGGACCAGAUAAUUUUGUUUUUAUUUUUUUGUCUUUUGGGAUUUUUUUUGUUUUUUGUUUGUUUUGUUUUGUACCAAAGCCAGCCGCACCUGUUUUAUAUUUUUAAAGAAGAUUGUAGGCACUUCUAGCUCCAUGUCUUUGAACCCGAGGAAUUAGGGAGAGCAUGACUUAUUUCAUCGACAGUCAGGGGCUCCUAUUCGGAAUUCUUCCUCAGCCAUUUGAAAGAAGCUCUAAGGUGGGUUUGGGAAAUCUCUAUGAACCCUCACCUAAUCUCCACCGUGGUGACUGCGUUUGAAACGUAAGCAAGAAUUGGGGGAGGGGGAUUUUUUUUUUCAAUGCAACCCUAAUGUCCACCAGCGAUAGCCAUUUGUCUGCCAAUUUAAUUGUUAAAAAACAAAACAAACAGUAACAACCAAGAAAAGAAAGAAAAAGCUCAAGCAGGGAAAAAUUAAAGACCUGAAACGCAUGAGGUGCUGUCUCAGUGCCCAUUCUGAGGACUGCGGUGCCUACAGCCAGGCAGUGACCACGGUUUCUGAAAAGGGGCUGUCACUACCUCACUGAAGAGGGCAUGAAUGGAUGCAGCUGCUCAAACUUAUUAAAAAUCUCAAAAUUGCAAGGCUGGAUAUGAAGCGCCGUUCAGCCUCCAGCGGCUGUUAAUGAUGCAGACAUCAGAAAACUCGUUUGCAUCUUAUUUGUAUGCUGUGCUUGGACAGCACAUCUGGCUCUUGCCACCUCUUUCUUCCCCUUCCUGCCCAUUUUCAUUCCCCCCGUCAGAGCGCAGGGCCUAGUAGCAGUCUGUCUCUUGGAAAGGCAGUAAUUGGUUUCAGUUCUUGGUUUUGGCUCAUUCCACUUCCUGUUUCUAGGUCCUAUGCUUGGACCGAUGGGCAGGGACAGUGCGCAUGCGCACCCCCACAGCCUGGGAGGCAGAGUGAGAAGGGGCUCAGGACUCCACUGAGAAGGGGAACUGAAAUUGCCCGGGCAGCAGGCUUAGUGGGAUUGCUUCCUUCCCCACCAGCAGCUUCUGGCCCUUAGGAGGCACUUUCUCUCUAAUCAUGGGAUUCUUGGGCCAUAGGAGUUGUUUUAUAUGUUUAUUAUUAUUUAGUAUUAUCUUUGAGACCACGUCUUGCAGUGAAGCCCAGGCCGGCCUUGGACUCAAGGCAAUCCUCUCGCCUCGGCCUCUCAAAUACUGAAAUUACAGGCACGAGCCAGUAUGCCCAGCCGACCUUGUUUUUCUUUUACACAAUGGAUGCAAAAAUGGUGCCAUGCCAAGACCCGCUUCCUCUGCCUAACAAACAGCAACACUAAAGUUUCAAGCCUACUGAUGCUCACUCAGCAGCUGUGUUGGAGGUAGCACUAAGCAUCUGGGCCCAAGCAUGGGUCAGGUGGAGGAGACUGUUAGAGAGUCAGGAGAAAAGCAGGACAGUUUCCCAGCCUUUCCCAGAGGGGCUAGCAGAAGAACCUAGAACCUAAGAUGGAUUUUCAGAGUAUGAGGUGGGAGAGACUGCUUUCCUGUUGCCUUAUUAUCAUAGCCCCAACCCAGCAUCAGCCCAGAGCCUUUCCCACCCUCCUGUCACUGUCUGUCCCUUGUUUGUCUCCUCCCUAAUCCCACUUUCUAAAACUAAAGUCUUAUUUUUUGUCCCCCUCCCCUGCUGCCAUUUCAAACCUCUGACUGUGUCCUCUGAGAGCCAGGGUUCAGCUUUUUGCUUUAAACCACGCUACUCCCUUAAAGGAGGGUCUAAGCCUGAACACGCAGUGCUCUAUGCUGCCCUCUCAAAAUUAGGGCUAUACCCCCAGGGUUCUGUAAAGCAGAUACCCCCAGAAAAGGCAAUAUCCGGACCCAGCCAGGCCUGCAGCUCCGCUGCAGGGGGGCAGGAGGAAGAACGCUUAGGUGGGGAGGAUUACCCUCCUUCCUGGAUGGCUAGGGAUAGACCUGGCAUUUGGGAGCCAGUUUAAACAUUAUCAUAAAGAGGAAAUUAAACAUCAAGAGGCUAA